AUGACCAUCUUCGAGUCGCCCGCUCCUGCGCAAUUCGUGCCUCCGCUGGACGAUGUGACGCUGCCGCAGUUCAUUUUGGACGAUGUGCAACAUAGACUGAGGCCGACAAGGCCGACUGGAACGCCAUGUCUUAUUGAAGAGGAGAUUGGCCGGGAGCUGUUUUUGGAGGAGGUGCGGACACGGACGGAUGCGUUUGCGAGGACUUUGAACGCAAAGUGGGGGAUAGGCAAAGAUGAUGUCGUCGCACUCUGUUCACCGAAUCAUAUCGACUAUCCCAUCGCGAUUUGGGCGGCGCACAGAUUAGGCGCCAUUGCUGCGUUGAUAAGCCCUGCCUUGACAUCCUCCGAGCUGGUCUACCACCUCCAGAUCGCACAGCCCUCCUUGCUCAUCGCGCAUGCAGACAACCUCACCACUGCGCUCGACGCAGCAUCCUCUGUCGGCCUCCCGCCCUCCCGCGUGCUUGUCUUUGGCGAGCGUGAUGGCCAGUACCAGUCGAUGAAUGCUCUCAUCAGCCAUGGCGGCUUGCUGCCGCCGAUCGUUGAGUACACGAUGGCCCCAGGGGAGGCGAGGGAGAAGAUCGCCGUGCUGUGCUUCUCGUCCGGGACCACAGGCAAGCCGAAGGCGGUGGCAGUGUCUCAUUACAAUAUCAUCUGCAAUGUAAUGCAGUGCGCGACUCACCUCCGCUUGGGCGACAACUCUAUACCUUGGGACGAGCAGAGGUUCCGGCCAGGGGACAAGUGUGCUGCCGUGCUCCCGUUGUACCACAUCUACGGUAUAGUCUCUAAUCUACAUUUCUGUCUCUACUCUGGGAUGUCCGUCGUCAUCGUCCAGAAAUACAGCCACGAGGGCCUGCUGAGGAGCAUCGAGCGUCUCCGUAUCACACAUCUAUUCCUCGUUCCUCCACAGGUCCUUCUAUUCUGCAAGAGCCCGGCCACAAAGAAGUACGACCUCUCUAGCGUGCGCUUCUGCAUCGUCGCCGCGGCGCCGCUGACUGCGGAGUUGACGGCGCAGUUUCUGGAGGUGUUUCCGGACAUCCAGCUCGGCCAGGGCUACGGUCUGACGGAGACAUGUGCGGCGGUGACGUUGUGGCCCAUAUCUCAGAAGGUCGGCACGCCAGGGAGCGCAGGCCAGCUCAUCUCUGGUACGCAGGCGAAGGUUGUGAAGUCAGAUGGUAGCCUUGCGGGCGUCGGGGAACCUGGCGAGCUGUACGUCAAGGGCGGGCAGGUCGUCCUUGGGUACUAUCGCAAUGAAGAAGCUACGAAGGAGGCGUUCUCCCCGGAUGGAUGGUUCCGGACCGGCGAUGAGGUGGUCUUCAAGGAGAACGGCGAUGUCUUCAUCACGGAUCGCAUUAAGGAGCUGAUCAAGGUGAAGGGGUUCCAGGUCGCGCCGGCGGAGCUGGAGGGCCACCUGCUCGGGCACGCACACGUUGCGGACGUGGGCGUGAUCGGCGUGCCGGACGCGUUCGCGGGGGAGCUCCCGCUUGCAUUCGUCGUGCUGCAGCCCAAGAUCGCGGCAAGGGUGCAGGCGGAUGCGGCCUUCGCCACGGAAGUACAGGCGAGUAUAUUCAAGCACGUCGCGGAUGCGAAGACGCAUUACAAGUGGCUCGCGGGUGGGAUCGUGUUCAUUGAGGCGAUUCCGAAGAACCCGAGCGGGAAGAUUUUGCGGAGGAUGUUGAGGGAGCGGGCGAAGGCGCUGCGUGUGCCUGCGGUUCGUGCACGUCUUUAG